AUGGCCAAGAAACCAGCUGGUGAAAACUCCAAAAAGGCUGCUGGCAACGCCAGGAAAGCAGAAGCCGCUGCCCAAAAGCAGGCUGUCGUAGACGCCAAACGCUCCGCUGAUGAAGAUGCCGAAUGGUCCAAGGGAUCCAAGGGUGGAAACGCGAAGAAAGAAUCAGCCGAAGCCAAAAAAGCCGAAGCAGCCCGUAAAAAAGCCGAGCGCGAUGCCAUGCUAGCCGCCGAAGAAGCCUCGCAACCCUCCAAAGCCAAAGGCGCAGGCGCCAAAACCGCACAGAAGAAGUCCCGAGGUCUCGAUCUUUCUCAGCUUGACGACUUGACACCUUCGAGCCGAAAAGCAGCUACUUUGAAUGCGUCCGGUAUCGAGAACGCGCUCGAUGCGCUCGAACUCACCGAAUCAGGUAACAACACCAAGAUCGACCGACACCCCGAGAGAAGGUUCAAGGCUGCCUAUGCCGCGUUUGAGGCUAGACGGUUACCGGAGAUUGAGGCUGAGCAUCCGGGACUGCGGAAACAGCAGCGGGUGGAGCUUUGCAGGAAGGAGUUUGAGAAGAGUGAAGAGAAUCCGUUUAAUAAGGUCAAUGUUGCUCAUGAUGCUACUCGCGAGGAGGUUGCGGCGGUUAGGGAUGCGGAGAGGAAGAAGAUUGAGGCUAGAUUGGGGAAGUGA